CCAUAUAAUCUGGCAUAAUGAAGUGGUUUGCAGUGGUUGCCCUUGCUGUGUGCAUCAUCACACCAACUGUGCACUGUGACUCUUCCUCUUCAACCUGGUGUUAUCACCUCCCUUUGUGCAAUGCCUCCACCUGGCCAAAAAUUUCUCCCGAGUAUUGCAGCCACACCCGACAGUCACCCAUUAACAUAGUCUCAGCGUCUGCCGCACUGAACUCCAAGCUUACUGAAUUCACUUUUGUAAACUAUGACAGCAAGUCUGCGAUGAAAUCCAUAGAAAAUACUGGAGAAACAGUUAAAGUGACCCUUAACAGUGGAGUCCAGAUUUCAGGAGGGGACCUAUCCGAGAAUUACGACAGUCUGCAGUUCCACUUGCACUGGGGCAACGGCUCCUCUGUCCCUGGCUCAGAGCAUACAGUGGAUGGAGUGCGCUAUCCUAUGGAGUUGCAUAUUGUGAACAGCAAGUCAUCCUGCCAUAGGAAUACAAAUAAAGCCGUUAAAGACUCCACCGGACUUGCAGCUCUUGGCUUUUUCAUUGAGGUAAUGCCAGGCAACUCAACUAUGAAGCCUGAAAGCUGGUACAAUUUGACCUCUUACUUGGUCAACAUCACAACAAAAGGCCAGUCAGUUCCGAUUGCAGCUGGGUUUUCACUGAACGAUCUGCUUGUUGGGGUGGAUCGCUCUAAGUAUUACCGCUACCUUGGGUCCUUGACCACCCCGUCCUGUAAUGAAGCGGUGGUUUGGACUGUUUUUAAGGAACCAAUUAAAGUCAGCAGAGAUCUGAUUGACCUCUUCAGCACCACAGUGCGCGUCAAUGACAGCGAAUCGGAACUCAUGACAAAUGUCUACAGAAAUCUGCAGCCAGCGCAGCCAGUCUCAACACAGGAUAACAGCGUCACCACCAUCUCUGUCUCCACAGCAUGUUUCUCACUGGGCCUGCUACUCAGUCUUGCACUGGAGAGGAACUGGAGCUAGACUAGAAACAGAUCGACCUGUUGCCUAUGUUUAGUAUGCAAAUACAGUUUUUCCACAUCUAAGUAAAACUCACCUUUGCUGCGUUCUAAUGUAGUUCUUUAUAUUUGAUAUGAUUAUGGAAGUGUGAAAAAAUAUUGUAUUGUGGUGGAGGCUACCUCUGCUCUAAUGUGAAAUCAGAUAUCUCGUGAUUAUGACUGACAGUUACUA